AUGUCAUCGGUCAAUGAGAUUAUUAUAAUCAUUAAGAAUAGAUAUGCAAAAGGGAAGUAGUCCAGUCAGCAAUAAAAAUGCGUCACAAAAAAGAUGUUUUUUACACACAGAUCGCUUUUGCUCAACCGAUUCGAUAGUUUUGCGACACAUUUUCUUUUCGUAAAACUUUCUUUGUCGGAUCAGUUUUAGAUUUUUAUAAUGGCGGAUUUUAAAGCUCAGAGCCACUAAUGUAAAUUGUAAAUAAGCCCUAAUAUCUACCAUUUUGCGCAGGACAAUCCUACCAACAGACUGCCAAGAGAAACGUUUAUUUUAUACACAACGAGAAACAUUUACGCAGAGCGACCCAGACAGAUGAAUCUUCAAUUAUGUGAAGCUGUUAUGCGUAACUAUUACUCAUACUACACUGAAACAUAUCAUGAAAAAAAAAACAUUCUUAAAUACCCUAAUCUCUUUGCUCACUUUCUAGCGAAAUGCGUAAACUACUGCCCGAGAUGCAAAGAGAUGAUGCGACGAAUCGAGGCCCUCUUCAACGGGCCUUCCACGACCCGACGGUCCGAUUUAUGCGAACUCUUCUCCUGCCCACCUUGCACAGAUAUUGUGCGUAAGUUUCGGGAAUUCGCCCGCGAUACUUCCAUCAGAGAGCAUGAUUCCGCGCUUAUACAUCUACAGCGUCUCACAGCGCCUCAAGACGACUUAGAAUUCAAAAUAAGAAGUAUAUUCAAUAAAGCUGGACUUUUUAAAACGGCAGGAGGUUUGAAAGAUAGAGAUGGAAAAAUAAUAUAUAAAGAUGUAUGUUUUAAAGAUGAAGACGGGAGCUUACAAGAUAAGGAAGGAAUCUAUAAGUGUAGACGAGUAAGUUUUAAAGAUGUAGAUGGGAGUUCAAAAGAUGAGGAAGGAGUUGAUAAAGAUGAAGGAAAAGGAAAGAUGAAGUUUAAUGAUGAGAAUGUAAAAGAUAAGGAAGAAAUAAGUAAAGAUACUGGGAAACGUUUUAAAGAUAUAAACGAGAGUGUUAAAGAUAAAGAUGGUAUCAGUAAUAAUACAGGAAACAGCUGUAAAGAUAAAGACGACAGUGUAAAAGAUAGGGAAGAAAUCAGAAUAGAUAGAGGUAAAGUGCCAUCAGGAGCGGAUCGAUUAACAGAAAAUUUAGAAGGAAAGACACAUGGAAGAGAAGCAAAAACGUCAAAAACAAGCAAUAUAAAAGACACUAUGGGAAACGAAAAAGGAAGACAUGGUACACAAGGAAGACAAACUGAAACUGAAACAUCAAAAACGAGCAAUUUAAAAGGAACUACGGGGAAACUAAAAGAAAAGCACGAUACACAAGGAAAAGAAACUGAAAAGUCAAAAACAAACAAUUUAAAAGAAACUACGGAAAAAGCAAAAGGAAGACAGGACGCACCAGCGAGAGAAGUUGAGACGUUAAAAACCAACAAUUUAAAAGCAACUACGGAAAAAGCAAAAGGAAGACACGAAGCACCAGCGAGAGAAGUUGAGACGUUAAAAACCAACAAUUUAAAAGAAAUUCCGGGGAAAGCAAAAGGAAGAUACGAUACCCAAGGAAGAGAAGUUGAGACGUCAAAAACAAACAAUUUAAAAGAAACUACAGGAAAAGCAAAAGGAAGACACGACGCACCAGCGAGAGAAGCGUCAAAAACAAAUGAUUUAAAAGGUAAUGCGAAAGCAAAAGAAAAACAAGAUACACAAAGAAGAAACGCUGAAACGUCAAAAACAAACAAUUCAAAAGAACAGACUGGAAAAGCUAAAGGCACUGAAGCGGGAUCUUCCAAAACAAAGGAAAACGAUGAAAUAAAUAAGGAUGUUAAAUUACGGAAAUCAAUAGACGAGGGCAGCAAAGCCACGAAAACAAAAGACACCAAUAAAACUGCUGGCAGUAAUAUAACAAAAGAAGAAAGUAAACUGGGAAAACGAGGUGGCAUUCAAAAUAAUGCGUCUGAUAGUAGAAUAAUGGCCAACGAAUUGGCUGCGUCUAAAUCGAAAAAGGGACUCUCCAGUAAGGCCAAGUCUAUGGUUCAGUUAGGAGACCAGAAAAAUCGUAGUUUAGAAAUAUCAUCCGGUUUGAUGAGGAUGAAAAUCGAAGAACACAUGCGUGAAAUACAACACGAAAAAGAAGAAACAGGCAAAACACGUCAAGCUCAAAAACCGACGAAGGUUGAGAGACAGGCGAGGACAAGUGCUGAAAAGGCGAGACAGUUAAGUUUUAAUGAAACUUUGCAGUUGUUUGCACCGCGCGAUGAGGAAAGUGUAGAUCGUGCUGGGGAUGUAUUAGAAUGUCCUCAAUAUGAAGAAGGACAGGAAGUUAUAAGAGGAAACAGGGUAUAUAAGAUUAGUAAACGGGAGGCAGUCAAACAAGAGAAGGUAGAAUCAGCAAUAGAGUUGCAACCGGUAAAAUCUUGGCGUCCACCGUCCCGAUCGCGCCCGGUGUCAGUCGAUAAAACAAUGGUCCAGUCUAGCGCGUCCAUAGGCGAUGGCGUGCUGAGGUACAGUUUGUCGGAACCGAAAUAUAUCAACAGAGGUUGGACGCUACUACCCAAAGAAAUGAUUAUGCGGAAAGUGCGAGUGUACCUCAUGCACCCAGCGCGUCAAAACUACGACUGGUUGGAAAUGAACAAGCACAGAAAGCUGUUGGUGUACUCUUCAGGAGAACCGCUCGCCACGUUCGAGGAAAAUAAAACGCGGCUGUAUUAUAAGAGUGGUGAGGUGGCACUGGAGUUGUACAGAGCAGAAGACACAAACGGCGACCGAGUGGUGGUGUACAGCACGGGCAAGCCGGCGGCCGGCCUCGCGCAACCGCGCACUGUGCUCGCUGUGUUCGACUACAGCGGCAACGGCGCCGUGUACGACCACGCCGGCCAGAUACGGUAAGGUCUUCAUAUUAAAGAGCUCUAGCUGAACCCAGUGCACCUAAAGAUACCUGUUGCGUGGGGACCCAGACACGAACGGCGACCGAGUGGUGGUGUACAGCACGGGCAAGCCGGCGGCCGGCCUCGCGCAACCGCGCACUGUGCUCGCUGUGUUCGACUACAGCGGCAACGGCGCCGUGUACGACCACGCCGGCCAGAUACGGUAAGGUCUUCAUAUUAAAGAGCUCGAGCUGAACCCAGUGCACCUAAAGAUA